CAAUAUUUGAGGCUCCAAGAGAAAGAAUCCGAGCAGAAGAGAGACGUUAUUGAUUCCGAGCAGAAAGCUCCGAAGCAAGCAACGCAAUGUCUCUGGCGGUGCUAUAUUAUAUGUGGCCUCCAACAGCAGCAGAAAAGGUUUCGCAGAAUAAAACAGGCUUUGCAGUUGGAACUAUUGCUCGUCUAACCCUGACAAGUCACGUCAGUGCUGGCGCAGGUCCAUGUGUUCGCCUUCAGUAGUGUCAUCCAUCAGAGAGUUGUCUGUCACAAGAAACUUAAUAGUUCAUUCAUGUUCCUUUGAGCUCUGGAUCGGACAGCCACAUGUUGGCCACCAAAGAACUCGUCCAUUUCAUCAGCUCAAGAGGGAGAUAGAUUAAGGAGGAUCUCUACUUUAACAACGUUGGUGAUGUUUCGCUUCCCAAGUUUGAAUUUUUCGUUAGCGGUAUAAAGGAGUCAGAAGAACAGUAGUGUUGCAAGUUUUCAGUUAUUAAGAGGAAGUAGCUACAGAGCAUGGUAAGUACUGAAUCUCCAGGGCAGUAACAAAUCUCAGUCUAUCCUACAGUCCUUGUAAGUCACAUGAGUUAAGCUUCAUUAUCAUGCUCAGGCUGAGCUGAAAUGCAGACUUCGCAGGAUCGCCAUCACGGAGAAGGGCAGCCAUCGCCUGAAGCAGCGCAUGAUUUACUAGGUGACUAUCAACAUGCUCCACUUGUUGAAGCUCCUAUAGAAGAUUCUGCUUCAGUUUCCAAUGCAAGCAGUAACACUAGCAAGGUUCGUCGUGAUGACAUUGAACUGGUGCAAAACUUGAUUGAACGAUGUCUACAACUGUAUAUGAACAGAGGGGAGGUAGUUCGCAUAUUGUCUAAUCGUGCUAGGAUAGAACCUAGUUUCACAACUCUAGUGUGGAAGAAAUUGGAAGAAGAAAACUCGGAAUUUUUCAGAGCCUAUUAUAUAAGACUAAAAUUGAAGAAGCAAAUCAUUCUGUUCAAUCAUUUGCUCAAGCACCAGUACCAUCUGAUGAAGUAUCCUGUCCAGUCUAAGAUUCCAUUGGCUCCUAUUCAAAAUGCGAUUCACCCUAUGCCAGUCAAUUUGCCCAUGGGAUAUCCUAUUCUUCCUCAGUACCCAAUGCCAAUGCCAGUUACAGGUCAGCCCCAUGACGCAAUGGCUUGUGGAAUCUCCAGCUGCCAUACAGUCAAUGCUAUUCCUGCACCUGGAACUUUUCAUCCCAGUUACAUCAAUUCUGGGACCAACAGUGGCACAGCUGAAGUGGCUCAUGCGACCCCUCCAAGUUAUGUCAUUUCUUCCAUGUCUGAGAUGGCUAUGAGCCCUGCACCAGCAACAUCAAGCGCUCAUUUUCCUUUCACUCCUGAGAUAUCUGGAACAGGCAUAAAUGCCUCAGCACUCGAUUCAACCUUUCUAUCUGAUGUGGCAAAUGCAGGACUGCAACUAAGUUCAGAUGGUGUGGAGCAGUCAAGAGAUACAAUGCGAUCGUUAGGACAGUUUUGGAAUUUCAGUCUGUCUGAAUUGACCAUGGACUUGACAAAUAUAGCAGAUCUUGGAGAUCUAGGAGACUAUGAUGGUUCUCCGUUCUUGCCAUCGGAUUCAGACAUCUUGCUGGACUCCCCAGAACAGGAAGAUAUAGUCGAAGAAUACUUAGCUGAUGUUGCGAAUGGACUCUGCUCACACCAAUCAGACGAAGAGAAAUCUUAGGACAAGUUUGAACUUUCUUUUCGCACCUUCUCUGUAAUUUUUGUCCAAGCUCGAUCAUUAACAAUAUUGAUCAAUUAACGGUUAACUUCACGUAAUUAAGCAGCAGAUUCUAAGUAGUGAAAAUUAGUUAAUACAGUAAUUACUAGUAAAAUAAAAGACGGUUCUUUUCUUCUUCUUCUU